GAAUUCGAGGCCCACGGCCGCCAAGUGCCCCUUCCAUACGGCGUGUACAACUUGGAUGACUUGAAGACCUACGGCCGGCAGAAAGGCUGGUGCCCAUAUUUCCUCGCCAGAUAUUCGAUCCUCCAUGCCAACAUUGUCGUGUACAGCUACCAUUAUCUCCUAGACCCCAAGAUCGCCAACUUGGUCUCCAAAGAGCUGGCCAAGAAAUCUGUUGUCGUAUUUGACGAGGCUCACAAUAUCGAUAACGUCUGCAUCGACUCCAUGGGCGUCAACGUCACACGCAAGACGCUGGAUCGCUGCCAGGCGAACAUAGCCGUGCUCCAAGCCACCAUCCAGAAGAUCAAGGACACAGAUGCCCAGAAACUGAAGGAGGAGUACCGGCGUCUGGUGGAGGGACUGAAGGAGGCCAACAUUGCCCGGGAAACAGACAUCUAUAUGGCCAAUCCGGUGUUGCCAGAUGAGGUUCUCCAAGAGGCCGUGCCGGGGAGCAUCCGGACGGCGGAGCACUUUCUGGGCUUCCUGAAACGCUUCCUGGAGUACCUGAAGUCCCGCCUGCGGGUCCACCACGUGGUCCAGGAGAGCCCCCCCUCAUUCCUGAAGGAUGUCUUCGAGAAGGUCUGCAUUGAACGCAAACCCCUCCAGUUCUGUGCUGAGCGGCUGCAGUCCCUCCUUCGCACCUUGGAAAUAGCCGACAUCUCCGAUUUCUCCCCCAUCACUCUCAUCGCCAACUUUGCCACGUUGGUUAGCACUUACUCGAAGGGCUGUACCAUUCUCAUAGAACCCUUCGACGACCGGACUCCCACCAUCGCCAACCCGAUCCUGCACUUCAGCUGCAUGGAUGCCUCCAUCGCUAUCAAGCCGGUCUUUGAGAGGUUCCAGUCGGUCGUUAUCACCUCGGGGACCCUUUCCCCGCUGGACAUCUACCCAAAGAUCCUGGACUUCCGGCCUGUUACCAUGGCGACUUUCACCAUGACCCUGGCCAGAACUUGUUUGUGUCCGAUGAUUGUAGGGCGAGGGAACGACCAGGUCGCCAUCAGCUCCAAGUUCGAGACUCGCGAAGACAUUGCUGUGAUCCGCAACUACGGCAACCUGCUCCUGGAGAUGUCUGCGGUUGUCCCGGAUGGCAUUGUGGCUUUCUUCACCAGCUACCAGUACAUGGAGAACAUUGUGGCCUCGUGGUAUGAGCAGGGGAUCCUGGAGAAUAUCCAGCGCAACAAACUCCUCUUCAUCGAGACGCAGGAUGGCGCCGAGACCAGCAUGGCCCUGGAGAAGUAUCAGGAGGCUUGCGAGAACGGACGGGGAGCGAUCCUGCUGUCUGUGGCCCGGGGGAAGGUGUCCGAAGGGAUCGACUUUGUGCACCACUACGGCCGAGCCGUGAUCAUGUUCGGGGUGCCUUAUGUCUACACCCAGAGCCGCAUCCUGAAGCGCUUUGCACGGGCCGACAAGCGGGGGAAGCUCCCGCGCUGGAUCCAGGAACACAUCACAGACGCCAACCUCAACUUGACGCUGGACGAGGCCGUGCAGGUCGCCAAGUACUUCCUGCGCCAGAUGGCCCAGCCCUUCCGCAAGGAGGAUCAACUCGGCCUCUCCUUGCUCACCUUCGAGCAGCUGCAGUCGGAGGAGACGCUGCAUAAAGUGCAGGAGAUUGCGCACCACGUGUGAGGAGGCGGCAGGGCGCUCGACCCGACCCUCCGGCCAAAGGCAGGCGGACCGCAGCUGGCUCUGUGGCGUCCUCUGGAGCCCCGUGAGGCAGAGGAGACUCUGGCCUGGGGCCAUUCCCCCCCCCCCAGGUUUUGGUAGAAUAAAAGAGCAUUGUUUUUGUAAAUCGGAG